GUUUGACAUCUACAGGAAGGUGCCAAAAGACCUUACACAGCCAACCUACACAGGGGCUAUUAUCUCUGUCUGCUGCUGUCUCUUCAUACUGUUUCUCUUCCUGUCUGAGCUCACCGGAUUCAUAGCUACUGAAAUAGUUAAUGAGCUCUACGUGGAUGACCCAGACAAAGACAGUGGAGGUAAAAUAGAAGUGAAUCUGAACAUCAGUUUGCCAAACCUGCAUUGUGAAUUAGUUGGACUAGACAUCCAAGAUGAAAUGGGAAGGCACGAAGUGGGUCAUAUUGACAACUCGAUGAAGAUACCUCUCAAUAAUGGCGAUGGCUGCAGGUUUGAGGGCCACUUCAGCAUCAACAAGGUCCCUGGUAACUUUCAUGUGUCAACGCACAGUGCCACUGCGCAGCCUCAGAAUCCUGACAUGACUCACAUUAUCCACAAGCUCUCAUUUGGGGACAAGUUACAGGUCCAUAACGUUCAUGGAGCAUUUAAUGCCUUGGAGGGAGCAGACAAACUCAGCUCAAAUCCUCUUGCAUCUCACGAUUACAUAUUGAAGAUAGUCCCAACGGUGUACGAAGAUAUGAGUGGCAAGCAGCGGUACUCAUACCAAUAUACUGUAGCAAAUAAGGAGUACGUAGCCUACAGUCAUACUGGCCGCAUUAUCCCAGCUAUCUGGUUUCGUUACGAUUUGAGCCCCAUCACAGUGAAAUACACAGAGAGGCGACAGCCUUUGUACAGGUUUAUCACAUCGAUAUGUGCCAUCAUUGGAGGAACAUUUACUGUAGCUGGGAUCCUCGACUCCUGCAUUUUCACAGCAUCAGAGGCCUGGAAGAAGAUCCAGCUGGGGAAAAUGCAGUAGCGGUGAAACUCUACCCUAGUCUCCAAGGACAGGAGCAAAGAUUGAGAAAUCCACCACUACCUGUUUUUGUCUUUAUUUUCUAUUUGAUUGAAUCAGUAAGUUUUUCUCUAAUCAGGCUGUUCAGUGAGGACAUCUUCAACAAAUCAAAGAAAUCUCCAUGCAUUUCAGAGCUCUGAGAGUGAAAAAUCAAUGGAAUCAGGGUGUGGAUUUCAAUUCUGUCCCCCCAGAAAGAGAGGUUGAAAUGCCGUGUAUGAAAUACACCAUCAAAUCUAAGGAUGCCAGUCUGUUCUCUGGGAGUUUUCAAUGGCAGUGUACAAACUAGGUAGUAGAUUGCAAAGAGUUGAGCUGUCUUGUGGCACUUUUUGGAAUUCUGUUGGAUUUGCAUGAUUAGACAAUCGACUUUCUAUAAGGCAAAAUUAUACAUCAGGAAGAAAUUCCACCUGUGGUGCCAAAAAAGGUGAUGUAUCUGUUGAUGAGGAAUGGAACGUGUUAGUCCCCAUAGCAAACUUUAGAGACAGGGGGCAGAAAUAACAUCAAGAAAUGUUUUGUGCUUUUAUUGAAAGCUCUUUUGUUCAGAUACGACCUUUCCAAUGAAAUGAGCAAACGAGAAGAGAGCCUUCCCCCAGCUACCUUUUCCUGGGUAAUCUGUGAUCCAGGCAGUGGAGGGCCUUUCUUUGAUUCUGAAUGUAAAAGUGAUUUCAUUUCUUCCCAGAAACUGAAUAUCCAGUCUUGUGUUUACAGGUGGCAUGAAGUAAAAACCAAACUGAGCAACACAGUUUUAUGUGGCCUUUGCUUUGAAAGGGAAUAGUUGUCUUUACAGCAUUAGCUUUUAUUCUUUCUUAGG